AUGUUGAACCCUGUGGCCCUACCAUUACAUCCAUCCUGUCCCAAUGCCAUUUCUUGGUCCCCGGAUGGUGAGCUUGCUAUCGCUGCGGGUGAAUACUUCCAAAUCCUGACGCCAAAGAAUGGCAAGGAUGAUGAUUCCGCCCCCAACUCAACCCAAGAUUGGCUCGUGGCUCGUGUUAGAGCCAACUUGUUUACGAACUCUGAAUGGCCAGCCUACCUCCCGGGAAAUCGAGAUGACUUUUCAGUCGCCGCUGACCUUUCAGAAAGCAAUGUUAUCAGCCUGGCUUGGUCACCUGCCGGACUAGGUAAAUAUCGACGUAGUGUGCUAGCUGUGCUGACGUCGAAUCUGGUACUGUCGCUCUGGGAGCCUGUUGGCCUUAAGAAGCAAUGGACUAGGGUUACUGUCGCCAAUCAUGUGUUUUAUCCACAGCUACAGCCACCACAGGAUCCAAAAAGCCAUGGCUUCCGGAAGGUCAACAUUCGAUCUUUCACCUGGUGCGAGUCUUUGAAGCCUUCAGCGCCUACCGCAGGCUCCUCCUUUCUACAUUCGCACGAAAGUCGCUGGGGAAUCCCGUUGUUAACAGUAGUGAACGAUUUCAAUGAAGUGAUGCUGUUGCAGGUCCGCAGAAUUAAUAACCCUUCCAGACCUUAUGAUCUUCAAAUUCUAUCGCGCCACACUCUCAAUAACCUGGAACCAAAAAAGAGUAUGGUCUGCCCUGGGUCACUCUUUGAGAAGGCGCUCAGAGAGAGAAAGCGCACCACUGCACUUUCCUGUGGUCCAUGGCAGAUUUCACCAGCGAUCAGCCCAGACAACUUCGGCUGCGCAGUCGCUAUGAUAGCUGCGGUGUGUGGAACGCAGCUUCGGCUCAUGAAACUUGAAGUCACUAUCAGAAGCUCGCUCGGAGAGUUCUCACAAGAGUACAAGUUAGCCACAUGCUUGGUUGAGCAUCCCUUGGACAGGUUGAAUGACAAAUGGGGAUAUCACAACACCGCUGGCCCUCUUAGAUGGCUCCAUACAAGAUCUUCCACGUCCAUUGCUCUGGCAGUGGGUGCCAUGGCAGGUUUUAUAACCAUAUCUAUGCCCUACGCUGUGUACAUGGGUAGUGUUGCCAAUUCUGAUGCCUUCGAAUUCCGUGAUUACCCGAUCUAUGAGCCACAAACAGAGGACAACAAGGGCCAACAAAGAAAGCACCUGGAACCGAUUGCUGCAAUGCUCACUUCCAUGAAUCAACAAAGCGACACAUGCAAGCUCCACCUAGGCACACUCGGCGGAGUUGGCUUAGUCACAGAACUUCACCAACUCCAAAGUAACAACGCUCUACAACAGCCAAAGUGGAAACGUAUGAUUGAAGAUUUCCAGGAUGAUUAUGACCUUGAGCACAACUUAGGAGGAAUGUCAGUCUCAAGAAUCUGGGGGCUCGCAUCCUAUCGCAACAUGACUGCGGUUAUCUUCACUUCACAUCCAACGGACAUGAUUGAGUAUCGCAUCACCUCUGAUGACAGGUCUAUGAUUGUCUUUACAGAAGAGGGUGAGCCGACGGCAAAUACACAAUCCCUUUUUACAGCGCACGUCCCCGAUCGUCAAACUUCCGGCCACAACCAGACAGGAGAAGUGAUACGUUUUGUGCUACCUGGUGAAAGUGGCGACAUUCAACCUGACCCGGAGAGCCAACGCUUGGUUUAUGCCGUUGCCUGUCGUGCCAUUGUGGGUGAAAAGGAUCAGUCGCUUCGACUUCACGCUCAGCGGUCUCUAGAGCGCCUCGCAGUAGUAACAGGCGCAGAUCUGAGGGAUGAGAUUUCCAAAUGCAACAGUGGCCCCGCCCCGAUAGCUGCGAAGACUAUGGAUCAACUCACUGGCCCUGGCGGUCAUAUUUACGAGAAGUGCGAAAUUUGCGAUGUGGGAAUUGGGUGGCCCACGGCAAAGUCGGCUCAGUGCGCCAAUGGCCAUGUCUGGGAACGAUGCGGAUUGUCCUUCCUCGCCAUUCAAGAACCUGGGGUGUCCAAGUAUUGUUCUGUCUGUCGCAAAGAAGCCUUGGAUGAAGAACUUGUGGCAUACACACGUGGCGAGAAACAAGGUCGAACAUUCGAUGCUCUCUUUGAGACGUUUGAUAUCUGCUUGCACUGCGCAGUCAAAUUCCAGGCUAGUUACUAG